AUGGAAAUCGCAACACAGUUAUUCGACCAAGUAUUUCGCAAUUUCGGCAUCCUGGAGGAUAUCAUCGCCGAUCGUGGGCCCCAGUUCAUCUCCCGGGUCUGGAGGGCCUUCUUCCAUCUCCUUGGCGUAUCAGUAAGCCUCACCUCCGGAUAUCACCCACAGUCCAACGGCCAGACUGAGCGCAAGAUCCAAGAGAUCGGGAGAUACCUCCGUAGCUAUUGCCACCAGAACCUCUACCUUCCCUGGGCCGAGUACGCACAAAACUCCCUUCGUCAGCAAACCACCGGCCUCACCCUGUUUCAGUGCGUACUCGGUUACCAACCUCCCCUAUUCCCAUGGACGGGAGAACCCUCAGACGUUCCAGUGGUGGAUCACUGGUUCAGAGAGAGCGAGAGGGUCUGGGACUCAGCGCAUGUCCAUCUCCAGCAGUUUACCUCUCCGUCCUUGGUUGAAGAUUCAGCUAUUACUGCCGAGAUGAAGGCAGGGGCAGAGCCUACCCCCCUGCAUGGACAGGGCCAAUCUGGUGGUGGUGGGGAGGAUGGAGGGGAACGUCAAUGUCAGUUUCUGCAAACACAAGGAAGGAUAACUGAGCUCCACAACAUUAAGAACAUUACUCGAAUGCCACGAGAGACCAAGAAACACGCAGUGGCAAUUAUUUUCUGCGAUGAGACGUCAAAGACAUUUGCCUGGGAGCCAGAGCUGGAGGCCGAGGAGUGGUGGAAGUUAUUGUGUUUGGAGUGUCUGGGCAGCAGACUUAAUGACAUCAGCCUGGGAGAACCGGACUUGUUAGCAGCAGGGGUGCAGAGGGAACAGAACGAAAGAUUUCAUGUUUACUUGAUGCCGACCCCAAAUCUGGACAUCUACGGAGAGUGCACAAUGCAGAUCACCCACGAGAACAUCUACCUUUGGGACAUCCAUAAUGCCAGAGUCAAGCUGGUCACGUGGCCGCUCAACUCCCUGAGGAGAUACGGCAGAGACUCGACCUGGUUCACAUUUGAGUCUGGAAGGAUGUGUGAUACAGGGGAGGGUUUGUUCACGUUCCAGACCAGAGAAGGCGAGAUGAUCUAUCAGAGAGUUCACUCUGCCACACUGUCCAUUGCUGAGCAACAUGAACGCAUGAUGAUGGAGAUGGAGAAGAGCUCACAGACUCUUUCAAACGAGAGCACAUUAACAAAGUCGAUAUCUCUCCCGCGAAGCGCUUACUGGCACCACAUCACGCGUCAGAACAGCGUGGGAGACAUCUGCAAUUACCAAGGUACGAGCUUGACUAUGACGCUCAUUCCACGAGCGCAGACGUUUCAAAGCUUCCUUUCCGAGCAGACGGAGGAGGAACGGAACCAGGAGCAAGCGACGGCGGCCUCUAGCGGCUGCGACAGGGACUGCAGCAGCUCGCCGCUCCGUUGACUGCACGGUCACGGCUUGACGAAAGCCACGACUCACGGACAUUCCAAAGCUUUAGGAAGCUCAUAAUAGACACAUGUACAGUAUGAACUCUCUCUAUAUAUGUAUGUAUAUGUAUGACUUAAUAAUUAUUUGUAGAACAGUGUGUAUACUAAGAAUUCUAGGAGCCUCUUUUUGUACAUCGAAGAAAAGAAAAAA